UGUAUACAUGCUUAAUCGCAAUGUUAUAGUACAAGGUAACGUAAUGAACUCAAAUUUCAAAGUUCGGAGUUUGUUGCUAAAGCACAAGCUCAGUCCGCACUUCCGCGGCUGUGCCCUCGAUAACACACGCCUUGGUGGGAAAGAAACGGGUGGUGUCGGUCUUCACUUGUGGAUAUGACGGGUCUGCCUCACCGCGCUCUGUUUUCUCCGGUGGAAUGUACAGUCGAGCCGCACGUGAGGGUUCCUAAUGGCACAACUGAUGCCCGGAGGGAUUAAAGGGAAGCAACCAAACUAUAUGAGGCAUAUACAGUUAGCCUAUAAUGUCAACACAUGAUCUGAAGUUACAGCACUCAAGUUGUCAAAGCGGAGUGAAAGCCAGCGUGACUUGCUUUAUCCCAGAUCGGGAUGUAUUGUACACACAAACUGACAAAUCACGUUUUCAGAAUGUAAGUGAACAAGAGAAGUUACAUCCUGGACUCCUGGCUCAACACAUCCACAACAAGAAAAAUUUAGAAACUAGAACUACUGCAUCUUCAUCCUCUUUGCAGUUAACAGGCCAGCUGAAAAGCAGCAGAGAUUUGCAGAUCAGGCAAAUAAUACUCCUUAGAUCUAAGAAAGACUCCAGUAGGACAUCUGAGGAACAAAGGAAAUCUGCCAGAUUCACUUCCACCAUCUCUAUCAGUCUUCCCAACAGAAGAAACAAAAAAGACACGGCAGUGGAAAAAACACUGCAAGCUACAACUAACUCUUACAGGGCACAUGAAGCCGUAAAAAACACAGCUAAUCAAAACCACACAGAGCUAAGGAACAUUCUUUCACCAACUGAGCAAUGUGGUGAAUCAACUGGGGAAUUAUUUAAGAAUGGGGAUGGACCCAAAGCAAGCAUUCAUGAAGAUGGUUUUACCACUCUGCAACAGCAUGGACAUAACACACCAAAGCAGGGACAAAAUACAGCAAUACAACACAGCAUAGGCCUUCAUGAACAAACGCAAAUAGUCCACAACAGCUCACAAAGACAUUCUACUCAACCUGUAUUUGAGGUUCAAACCGAAUUCAACAAGGAAUCUGGAGCCAGCGACUGUAGAAAGAAUGCUGCAACAACUUCACAGUACCACAGUAAUCUGACCUCCUUUGAAGUGGACAAUGGUGCACACCAUUCAGAAGUAGUAAACCAGGUCUUGCCAUUAGGCUCUUUUCCUGCUCUUCGUGACAGUACCCCUGAGCCAGAACCUGGUCUUAUCAAUCCUACAUCAGUUAUGUUGACAUCAGCCCUGGCCUCAGUUCUUGCUCCACCUUGGAGUGGCCGUCUUCGCAGACCCAAGCAAGGUGGCAGUGAAGUACAGCAUGAACUCCAAGAUUGUGGACAGAAUGUCAACCCAUCUACCUUUUUUCGCCAGGAUCAGCAGCAACAACCGUUUCUUCCUUCCCAGCGGCAACCAUCUGAACACAUGUUCAAUCACAAUGACAUGCAGUUGACUGCAGGAACCAGCUUUAACUCUCCUGACUGGCAAAAAGAGAACAAUUCCCCAAACAUCACAGCCACAGUACAGCCAAAGAGGCCCAUUAUUAAAUCCUCCUCUGUGGGCAUGAUGUACAAUAAUACAGAUUUGCAUCCUUUUCCCACGCAUCUGGAAACUCAACAGGUACCAAAUUUGGCUCAUUCAGGGUUCAGAAUAUCAAAAACUGGAGAUGAAAAUGAGCCUUUCAAAUCAUUGAGUUCUAAGCCAACAACAAGCAGCCUACUUCUUUCCUUGAGGAGGUCAAAUUUGAGAAGCACCAGUGCUGAACCCACACAAUCAGAGACCCCAAUGACUAGGUCUGUCAGGUACCUUACAUUGCCUAGCAGAGUUGUUUUGAAAACUCCAUCAUUUGCCCAUUAUGUUACUGCUGAUGACCAAACCCCCGAAUACCCAGACACUCCUGCAAGAACAGAGGAAAUACCAGUCAGUCAGUUCCCUUUCUCACAUAGAAUUAAGAGUAGAGUGCCAUUAAGGAAAUCACUGUUUCUAAACAAACCAGAGACAGAAAUUUCAAUGAGACUUGAUGCUUCUGUUGCAAGAGAAGAGGAAGAAUGUUUCCCAAUCUCCACAACAAAAACCAGCCAACUUGGGGUUCUCAGAGCCCAACAGAGCUCUUAUUCAGAGUUUUUGAGGAAAUAUUCCAGUACAGAGGACACAAAUCCAGUGGAACAAAAUGCUGCCAACAACACCAACCUGCAAAACUCCAGUAUGACCGGACAAAAAGUAACUCCAGAUACCACAUUUUCUCCCAAAGUUUUAUCAAAUUUGAAUGUUCAACAAUCUGGCUUUAAUGUUCAAAAAUUAAAAUCACAAAGUAAACACAAUAUAAUAGCCAGUAGUUCACCAGGCACAAGCACCUUCACAGACAGGCUUAACUACUCACCCAGGGAAGACUUUUCUGUUGAUGGAACAAGUCCCACAAAUGUUGGGCACAUAUAUCUGGACUCUAAGAAAUAUUCUCAGUCAAGUCAAAGCACUGUGGAUCUUUCGAGCCCUCUUUCUCCAAGCAGACCUCUCAGAAGUGUAAGAGUACCAAGCAUUUAUUCAUACCUACGGGAGUCCAGCCCGGCUGUGUCCACCCCUUCCCCUUCUACACCUUCUUCCCACAUUCAGAGAGGUGAAAUCUUGCCUUCUAAGCAAGAUGGAGGUGUAAAACUGCAGGGUGACCGGAAAACAGUUCCCUCAAGAUUUUCAUUUGACUUCAACCCAUCUGUGCCACAGGUACAAGCAUUACAAAGAAAAUCUUAUGGCUCCAGCUCUCAUAUAGCACCAGCUCAAUCUCUGCCUCCAGAUUUUGGACGAAGAUCAGCACCUCGUCUCAGCACUUCUCAAUAUUCUAGCCUCAUCACCUCACGACCUACACUCAACAACACUUUACAAGAACUAUCCUCUCCACCAGACUUCAUUAAAGUUGAUCCAAUGUCUUCACUGUCCACAUACACAAGUAUAAUAAGAAGACCAAAGGAACAGUUGGCUUCUCCUAACACAAAACAGAGGACAGCAGUUCAAGAUUAUGCAAGCGCCCUAGAUAAUCACAAACCUGCCCAGCCAUGCCUCUUACAAGCUGCACCAGAUGCAAGUUUUGUCAUGGAAAGCCAAAGCUCAAAUAUAAGAACACACCCAAGGCAGCCCAACACAGGCUCUAACAACUUCUAUCAUCAAGAGCAUGAUGGCUUGAUGGAACUUCAGCUUGAUAAGGGUAAUUCUUACCCCAGGCUGAGUGAAAAAGAGAAGUAUUUAAUACCUGAUAAGCUCACAGUAGAAAAUGAGACUCCACUGACAGCUGAGAAAGAGAUUCCCGCUGUGCGUAUGCAUGAGAGAUUGCAGGAAAUGCAAAGUUCCAAUUCAAAAAAAGGCCUCUUUAGUUCACGAGUUAAGAAAAACAAAGAAGCUGUCUUCUCUUCAGCUUCUUUGCCAGACAAAGAGGUUGUUAGUCCCCAGUAUUUAAAAACCAAAAGACAUUCACCAGUGUUUAAAACAAGCAGCAGGAUUGACCAGGUAUUAAAUCGCUUGAAACUGACAUUUGGUGUCAGACCUUCAGACGGCGCACUUGAUGCACUACCGAAAAAGAACAAGAGUCCCACUCAGCAACCCUCAGAUACUGAGAUUUUUGAAAGUCCCAAGAGAGAGAAAACAUGUUCUGAGAGCCACCCAGAACCUUCUAACUACUCUUUAACAACUGAUAAUACCUCUUUAAAUUCCUUGUCACUACUAACAUCUAAAAAAUCUGAGCAUACUUUAAAUAUGGAUUGGCAAAAUAGAUCUACAACUGAACAAAAGGGUUCUGGGUGCACAUGGGAGGCCCCCAGCUCAUUGUUGACCACUGAUAAAGCCUCUUUUGCAUCUUUGUCACCACUUACAUUAAAGAAAUCUGAGAAUUCUUUAAAUAUGGACUGGCAAAACAGAUCUACAACUGAACAAAAAGGUUCUGGGUGCACAUGGGUUGCCCCCAACUCAUCUUUGACCACUGAUAAAGCACCUUUGGCUUCUCUUGAGUCCUUGUCACCGUUAACAUUAAAGAAAUCAUCUGAGAAUAAAUUAAAUGUUCGUCAACAAAAGAGGCAUAGCGAUGAAAAUGGAAACCGCUCUUAUGGUAGAAGCUUUAGUCCACAUAGGCUAAAGGCCCAAAGUAUGAAUCGUUCUGCCACCUUGCCACAUUACAGAAAAUCAUCUGUCGGUCCCCCAUCUCCCUUUUAUUUGUUUGGUUUCGAUUCAGAAGACAUUCAGAAAGAUAAUGUGUUUUAUAGUCCAGUCUGCAAAAAAACUAAUUCACUGUGUGAGUCUGAUGACUUCUCUUCUCUGAACUCCACCAAGAGUCCUGUGCAGCAAAACCUUGUGAGGUCUCACUUGUCCUCAUCACAUGCUGAUUUAAAGUAUGGUCUACACAACGGACGAUCUUUCUCAGUAAGCAGUGUGGUUUCAAGCCGCCCAUCAGGUCCUGGACGAAUCUCAACAAGCAGCAUCAGCGACCUCUCAAGUUUGAGUUCUCAAAUUGACUCUCCAAUGAGUAGUAGCCAUUCUCCAAUCUGUGAUGCCAAAUCUAUCAGUGGUAAACAGUCUGAACCUGGAUAUACAGAUGAUUUUGAUCAUUAUGAUGCAGACCCAACCCCACCUCCAUCACCAACUAUGUCCUCUUCACCUCGUCGGAUAUCCCAGGCACCUUCUGUGUCUUCCCCCAUGUGGACAACUCCAGAAAAUCUGUCUCCUCCUCGUGGAAUCCUGUCAUCGAGGAGCUACACAACCAGCUUGACUGUUUUUGAGGAGUCUGAUUCUGACACCACAACCGAUGAUGAAUACUAUCUUGACAGUUGUGAUGAUGCAGUAGAAACAGAACUUUAGAAGAGAGAAUUCUGUGGUUACAUGUACUGAACAUUUAAGAAUGCGAGGGGGGGGGGGGAUUCUACGCUUAUGGUCUUCUACGACAAAGCUGCAGCAAAAUUAUGAAUAUGGAUAUGAAUAGAAGGAAUUAUAAUUAUAUCAGAACUAUAAGGUUAUGAUGAUUUCAUAUUUUUUGUUAAAAAAUUCAAUAUAAUGGGCUUUUUGAAUAUUUCAGUGUUUGAGGUAAACCAUUAUUGAUUUCAUUAUGAAUUCAUAUACAAUACAAUGCACUUUCAUUAUAUUUUUUAUAAAUAUUUUCUGGAUCUUGAGGCUUUGAAAUGUUGAAUUCUCACAUCAUUUCUUUAUUUAGGCCUGCUUCCUGUAAGUUAUUGACUCUUUCAUUCACUGUGGCAUUUGAAAGCACAGCAUGUCAGUUACAAUACAUUAUUUUUUUCUGACAUACAUUCUUUAGUCAGUAGCUGUCAACUAAGAAACUGAACACCAACUGUUUAACAGAGGUGUUUUAAUUUUUUUCAACUCAUACCGCUCCUUUAACAAUCAGAGCAAAAAAGAAUAGAAAAAUGUAAGUGCCCCAGUAACACUGAAGAUUCCACAUUAAUUGUGGAUAAGUCUGUAAAGAAGAUGUUACAGAAGUCUGCCAUCCAUUUGAUAUUAUUUGAUAAAGUAUGAAAGUGAUAUUGAAAACUGGCAUCCGCAACUUGUUAAUUUGAGAUUCAAACAUGGCCUCUCACAACCUAUGCAAAAGACAUACCGGUUGCACUUUAUUUUACAGUACGUGUACUUACAUGUACUUAUAGUGUACUUACAGUGUAUUUAUCUAAGAAAGUUCUGGUAAUACAAGGUAACUACAUUUAGGUAGUUACAUUUAGUUAGGUUAAGGGGUAGCUUCAGGGUUAGUACCUAGUUAUUACAUAGUUAUUGUAAUUACUAUAAUAAGUACAUAAUAUGUACAUGGGGAACAAGAAAGUAGAAUAAAGUGCUACCGACAUACCACUAGAUGAACUAAGCAUUCUUAAAUAAGACCUCACAGUUGCUGUAUAAUUUAAUUGUGCUGUUUGUGUGGGGCUUUCAGUGUAAU